AAUGUGGAAGGCGGCGGCCGCGGCGCUAGAGCCAAACUUUGGGGAAUGAUAGCGGGCGCUGUAUGGGAGCCGCUGUUUGAGGGAAGUAGCAUCGCUGGACGGCCUGCAUUCGCAAUUUACACGUUUUCAGAAAGCACCUGAGACUGAAGAGCUUGUAUUCGGGUCGUAUUUAAAGGAGAAAAUACGGCUUUAUCACAACAUUGAAGCCAUGUCGGAGGACCUGAGCUCCCAAACCUGGUCCAUUAACAAGGAUGACUAUGAACUACAGGAGGUCAUUGGAAGUGGAGCCACAGCAGUCGUCCAGGCUGCUUACUGCGUUCCCCGCAAGGAGAAGGUCGCCAUCAAACGCAUCAACCUGGAGAAAUGCCAGACCAGCAUGGACGAGCUCCUGAAAGAGAUCCAGGCCAUGAGCCAGUGCCACCAUCCUAACAUUGUGUCAUACUAUACCUCCUUCGUAGUGAAAGACGAGCUGUGGCUGGUUAUGAAGCUUCUAAGCGGUGGGUCUGUGCUGGACGUGAUAAAACACAUCAUUUCACGAGGGGAGCAUAAAACCGGAGUGCUGGACGAGCCCAGUAUAGCCACCAUUCUGAAAGAGGUUUUACAAGGACUUGAGUACUUGCACAAAAACGGGCAGAUUCACAGGGAUCUGAAGGCUGGAAACAUCCUGCUGGGGGAAGACGGCUCUGUUCAGAUCGCAGAUUUCGGCGUAAGUGCCUUUUUAUCCACCGGCGGUGACAUCACCAGAAAUAAAGUGCGCAAGACGUUCGUCGGGACGCCAUGCUGGAUGGCUCCUGAAGUCAUGGAGCAGGUAAAGGGUUAUGACUUUAAAGCAGAUAUUUGGAGUUUUGGGAUCACAGCCAUUGAGUUGGCCACAGGAGCUGCUCCCUACCACAAAUACCCUCCUAUGAAAGUGUUGAUGCUGACGCUGCAGAACGAUCCUCCUUCCCUGGAGACGGGAAUCACGGAUAAAGAAAUAGUAAAGAAGUACGGCAAAUCCUUCAGGAAGAUGAUCUCACUGUGUCUGCAGAAGGACCCGGAGAAAAGGCCAACAUCAUUGGAGCUCUUAAAACACAAGUUCUUCCAGAAAGCAAAGAAUAAUGAAUUUCUACAGGAGAAGUUACUACAGAGAGCACCAACAAUAUCAGAACGCUCCAAAAGGGUAAGGCGGGUUCCUGGCUCCAGCGGCAGGCUGCAUAAAACAGAAGAUGGUGAAUGGGAAUGGAGUGAUGACGAGUUGGACGAGGAAAGCGAGGAAGGCAAAGCUGCUGUCGCUGCUUUACGGGAGCAGUUGCCCAAGUCGGUUAACGCACCACGGCGACAAGUUCGCUUCUCUCAACCUUUGGAAGUUCCUCCAGAUAGGUCUCCAAGAGUAAAGGAAGGCACUCCGAACUCAGAGCUUUUCCAGCCAGCGGAGCCCUUCGGCAGUCACCUCCAGACAGGAGGACCUCCUGCUCACCCCGAUUUACCUCAGUCUGGUGGGCAGGCUGUGCCGUCCUCACAGUCCCCACCUGCUCUGGUUAACCUCGCCCAGGUCCUUACUCCUACCCCUGCUCCAGCCCCUGUCCCAGCCCCGGUUCCUGCCCCUGUCACUGCCAGCGAUGCCUCCAAGUCGCCCAUCAGCCUGGUGUUGAGGUUGAGAAACCUGAAAAAAGAGCUGAACGACAUACGAUUUGAGUUCAUGCCUGGACGAGACACGGCAGACGGAGUGUCCCAGGAGCUGGUGUCCGCGGGGCUGGUAGAUGGGAGGGAUUUAGUUAUAGUUGCUGCUAAUUUGCAGAAGAUAGUCGAUGAGCCUCAAGCCAAUAAAAACGUCACCUUUAAGCUGGCGUCUGGUGUCGAAGGCUCCGAGAUUCCCGACGACGUUAAACUCAUGGGAUUCGCUCAGCUCAGUAUCAGUUAAAGUUUGCCUCCAUGCAGGGACCAUGACUUGCCUAAAAAUGUGAAAAAACAAACACACAACAACGAAAACAACACAAAAAACCCACCACCACACCAAUAGAAUGACACAUUCAUCCCCUGCCCACCGUUUGAGAAACCACUUCUGCCAAAGAAAAGCGUAGCGUGUCGUGUCGCGAGCCCAUAGGAUUAAAAGCUCCAACCUUUCAGCCGUGGAAGGCAAUGGGGUGAAAGGAUGAGAUCAGAAUCUAUAGGAAUCUGUCGACUAAAGUUUACAGCCAAUAACGUAGAAGGAUUUUUUUUUUUUUCACUCGCCAUCACCCACGUUGUGUUCAUUUCCUUUUUUUUUUCUUUUCUUUCUGUUUCCUCCUGUAACAUACGUCCCGACAUGUGCACAAUCUGAACUAACUCCCUAAAAUGUUGAUUAAUGAAACAAUGCCUUAUAUUCAUGAGCUACUGAAUGCAUGUCUAAGGAGAAAGGCUUUUUUUUUUUUUUUUUUCCUGAAGUCUAUUCUAGCCAAACUUUUUUUUUUUUUUCUUUACACAUGUAGUUUUUUUUUUUUUUUAGUGGUCUUUGGUCUGAAGGAAACAGCUAGCACACUUCAACUGAACCGAGUGCCCUACUACAGCACACACUUUUAGCCUUAUCCUGACCAGACAAAUCGGCCAAUCGGCCAAUUUUUUUUUUUAUUUUUGUUUGUUUGUUUUUUCCUCUCCUCUUAUUCUCAGCUGCUGUACAGAAUUCGUUGUCUGCGUGAUGCACUGGCUUUUAUAGCAAUGCAAACACUGUUGUUCGGAAGCCCCUAGUACAUGAGCCAACACACACACACACACACACACACACACGAAACCCCUAAUCAGAGGUGGACAAAUUGUGCAUUUAAGAACGAGUGACAAGCGGCUGCUCCGAAACGCUUUUAGUUACUAAAAAAAAAGAACCGUGUUGAUGGUUAUUAUAUGCAUCAUGGCAUGUUUUAUUCACAGUCAGUCGCUGACCAACGUUUCCAGUCUGUGAUUCUCCCACAGUAGCUCUGCUGCUGCAUUUUAUCCACCUGGAUUAAAUUCCUGCCGCAAGAACAUCUCUCGUCUGCGUAACGCGGCAGAAAACGUGCUACAUUUUAGUAGGUAGUUUGGCGUAAACGUGACGCUACGUACUAAAGUGUUUGUUCUGCUAAAGUCAGUAAAACCUUAAUAGUUUUUUUUACUCUGGAACCUUUUUUUUUCUUUUUCCCCAGACAACUAGAAACUAUAAAUAAUAAGAAUAAAAAGCCUGGUCAAAAAAUCGCUUGUUCCAGGCUGCUGAUUUGUCCACCUCUGGUCAUGAAUUUAUAGAAUUAAUUAAUUACUGGCAUAAGUCUCUCUCUCUCUCUCUCUCUCUCUCUCUCUCUCUCUCUCUGUCUCUCUCUCUCCCUCUCUCUCUCUCUCUCUCUCUGUGUGUGUCUGAAUGAAUGAAUUACUGGCAUAAGUCUCUCUCUCUGUCUCUCUGUCUCUCUCUCUCUCUCUCUCUCUCUCUCUCUCUCUCUCUCUCUCUCUCUCUCUCUCUCUCUCUCUCUCUCUCUCUCUCUCUCUCUCUCUCUCUCUCUCUCUGUGUGUGUCUGAAUGAAUGAAUUACUGGCAUAAGUCUCUCUCUCUGUCUCUCUGUCUCUCUCU